AGGAACGAAUUGAAGAAGGAGAGAUUGAUUUCUAUAAUCAGCAAAAAUCUCCCUCAAAAGUUUCUUCAGCACCUCAAAUUUCAGAGGCAAAUCCAAACUUAGUCUCAAAACAGAGAGAAACCAGCGUUUCCUCCCACUAUCUCACUCACCCAAUGUUCCAAAAUCCAAAGUUAGCCUUAGAAAAACAAAGUUCUUCAUCUCUCUCUUUGAAUCCACACGCAACAACGCGCGUGUAUAUAUGUAAAACCAAAGCAAAUACCCUCUGAUAGUUUUAAAAAAAUGUGGCUACAAAAAGGAGGCAAUGCCAAUGGCGGGAAAAAGGGGGUGCCGGGAGGAAUAGUUGGAGGAGGGGGAGGAAAUGGGUUGGUGGCGAUUGGAAUCGACAGGGAAAAAGGAAGCCAAAAUGCUCUCAGAUGGGCCGCCGAUAAUCUCGUCGGAAAGGGCCAAACCGUUGUUCUAAUCCAUGUGGUUCAGAGACCCUCCAGCGCCGCUGCUUCCUUGAUUGGAGGAGCCAUUGUCUGCAAUGGCGAUGGCAGUUUGACGGCUGGAUGCCCUCAGAAACAGAAACUCGAGAUGCAGACCCGAGACAUUUUUCUCACAUUCCAUUGCUAUUGUACCCGCAAGGACAUUCAAUGCCUUGAUGUUAUACUGGAAGACACCGACGUGGUAAAAGCAUUGACGGAAUACGUCUCUUACGCUGCAAUCGACAUUUUGGUGCUCGGGGCGCCAUCGAAACAUGGAUUUAUCAGGUUUAAGACAUCGAGCAUGGGUAGCAGUGUAUCAAAAGCAGCACCAGAUUUCUGCACUGUAUAUGUCAUCUCGAAGGGGAAGGUGUCUUCGGUGAGAAACGCUUCUCGUCCUGCUCCCUUUACUUCCCCUCUUCUAGACCACAUACAGAAGCUAGCUAAGCCCGUCGUAAAGGCAUCGGUCACGCCUCGACAUAAGUUCAAUUUAAGAGACAGGACAUCAUUCAAACCUCGUACUAUUCAGGAUGAGUUAGUCAAGUCGCCUUACUCUAAUGGAGGAGAGAGAUCUUCUUUUUCCAAAUGCAGUGGAGGGUUCUCUGAGUCAGAAUCUGACAUAUCCUUUGUUAGCUCCGGCAGGCCAAGCACGGAUCGUACUUCUUCUGUUGUAUUUGACUAUUCUGAUUCAGGACCGCCACGGUUUUCAACCAGCUCAGAACAUAGCUUUGUAUCUUUACCGUUUAAACCAAAAUGGACAGACCUCAGCAAUCACAAUGAUUUCUCAUCAGUUUCAGACGAGAGCAGCAGGACAUCAUAUUCCUGGUCAUCUCAGAACUUGGAUGAAGCAGAACUUGAAAUGAGGAGGCUGAAGCUAGAGCUUAAACAAACCAUGGAGAUGUACAGUACAGCAUGUAGAGAAGCACUAACAGCAAAGCAGAAGGCAAUGGAACUAAAUAAUUGGAGACGUGAAGAAGAACAAAAACUAGAAGAGGCACGACUUGCGCAAGAAACAGCAAUGGCUAUUGCUGAGCAAGAGAGAGCGAGAUGUAAAGCAGCAAUGGAAGCAGCUGAUGCAGCUAAGAGAAUUGCAGAGUUAGAAUCACAUAAAAGAGCAAAUCUAGAGAUAAAAGCCCUUAGAGAAGCAGAGGAAAUGCAGAGAGCAUUGAAAAAUCUUGCUCAGAGCGACAUCAGGUACAGGAGGUAUACUAUUGAUGAGGUUGAAAAAGCAACCGAACAUUUUGCACCAUCUCGGAAAAUUGGGGAAGGAGGUUAUGGACCUGUAUUUCGUUGUCGUCUUGAUCACACAUCAGUUGCAGUCAAGGUUCUGCGUCCGGAUGCAGCUCAAGGAAGGUCACAGUUUCAACAAGAGAUUGAUAUAUUGAGUUGCAUAAGACAUCCCAACAUGGUACUUCUUCUAGGAGCAUGCCCGGAAUACGGCAUUCUAGUGUAUGAGUACAUGUCUAAUGGAAGUUUGGAGGAUCGACUCUUCCGAAAGGGGAACAGCCCUGUUAUUUCUUGGCAAUUGAGGUUUCGAAUUGCUGCAGAGAUUGCUACUGGCCUUCUGUUUCUUCACCAGACAAAGCCAGAGCCGUUGGUGCACCGUGACCUCAAGCCAGCUAACAUAUUGCUAGACCACAACUAUGUUAGCAAGAUAAGCGAUGUUGGUUUGGCUAGACUGGUACCUGCUGUGGCUGAAAACGCAACACAAUGCUACAUGACUUCAGCCGCUGGAACUUUCUGCUACAUUGACCCUGAAUAUCAACAAACUGGAAUGCUUGGUGUGAAGUCUGAUGUGUAUUCGCUAGGUAUCAUACUUCUUCAGCUUCUUACAGCCAAACCGCCCAUGGGGUUGGCUCACCAUGUUGCUCGCUCGAUUGAUAAGGGCACUUUUGCGGAGAUACUGGACCCAGCUGUGCUUGAUUGGCCGGUGGAACAUGCACUCUACUUUGCCAAAUUAGCACUUCAGUGUGCAGAGCUUAGACGAAAAGACAGACCAGAUCUUGGCACUGUCGUGUUGUCAGAACUUAAUAAAUUGAGAGAAUUUGGUGAGGAGAAAAUGAACUACAUGGUGUCGAGGGAUAGUUAUGAAUCUUUGAGCGGUCAUAGCCAUGCCUCAUUGGAUCAGCAGGAUGUGAUGAGCGACCCCCAACUAAUGAUGACUUCAGGAAGUUUCAAGAGCCAAUCUAGCACAUCAUCGCACACAGGAGGAUGAUGAGAUACAACUGAGGACCUGUACUAUUUUCUUGCAUGGGAAGGUUGGAUAAUGAGUUUCACCAGCAUCACUGACUGGAUUAUAAUCAUUUGGAAGACAAAACCAUGUGAUAAUUCCCCACCUUAUGUCUCCUGCUAGUCUCCUGCCAAAAGGCUUCUCACCACUACCUUCACAAAUCACAUGAUUUCGCUUAUAUCUCUAUAUUCAUCUAUAUAUGCAUAUUCUCACCUGUUUCAAAAGCAUCCAAGUCCUCAUAUUUCCUUUGGACAUCAAGUUGCUUCUUGUCUCAAAAUUGCUUUAAAAUCUUCUGUAGUACCCUGCUAUCUUUCUGUUAAUUAUCUCCUA